CAUAAUGCAUUUGUGCUGUCCACGUCCCCGCUGACGGAUAAUCAGUCCGGCUGUGAUGGCCGCGGUCGAGCUGGCGCUUCAUCCGCGUGAAAAACACAGCGACCCAAAUCAAACCCCUACCAGAAACCUGCCCGUCCAUAUGUGGAUAUAACUCGGCGACCAGUUCUUCGUGAUUCCUGUGGAUUUAACACGUAUAACCCGGCGUUUUGUCUUUGUUUAUGUCAUGGAGUUGGACCAUCUGGAAUGUAAAUAACGCUAGUUAUACUUAGCUUGAGUACAUGAAGCCCUCGUUCGCACGGAUCUGUGCUGUCAAUGCAUUGUCUGUGUAUCUGAAAGGCCCGUGUCGUUGAUUAAUGGUUAGAUCCGGCUCGGCUCAUCAUGUCGUCCUGGCUGGGAGGGUUAGGCUCUGGCCUGGGUCAGAGUUUGGGUCAGGUCGGGGGAAGCUUGUCUUCUUUUACCGGCCAGAUCUCUAAUUUUACCAAAGAUAUUCUACUGGAAAGCGCCGAGGAAGUGGGAGAUGCUGCCUCUGAGCUGCAGGUGUCCAACUCUAGAUUGCAGGAACUGGAGACUUUAUAUGCAACACAAAAAUCUGAGUAUGAGCGCUUGCGGAGAAUAAACUCUGAGUUGGAGGAGAAGCUAGAGGCGGCAGAGAUUCAGGUCAAACAGCAGUCUGUGGAAUACAGAACCUUCCUGCAACUGAAAGAGGUGGAGAUCAGUCACCUCAAGGCCCGUCAGAGUGGUCUGCAGGAGGAGGUUCAGAAACUCCAACAUUCCGCUCAGGCUGCAGCCAGCUCAUCCUCCUCUGAUGCUGCUGUACUUCCUGUUACCACUGCUGCCACUACUACUACUUCGUCUUCCUUUCUGCACCGGUCUUCAGCUGUCCAUCAAGGCUUCCAUGGCGAUGAGGUGGACCUCAGUGAUGUCCUGUGGUCACAGCAGGAGAUUAACCGUCUUUCCAGUGAGGUGCAUCGUCUAGAAGCUGAUGUAGCUCACUGGAGGAGAGUUGCUCAGGCAUCCAAGCUACCAGGAGUUGUUGGUAACGGAGACCAGGGUGAAGUUGUGAAAAUGCAAAGAAUGAUCAAGGAGCUGAGAGAGGAAAUGGCACAGGAGGUGGAUGAGCACCAGCAUGAACUGACAGCAUUGCAGGAUGCCCAGAGGCUGAAAAUGGCUGAAAUCUCAAAACGGCACAGAGAGGAGCUGGCAGAGUAUGAGGAGAGAAUUGAGGAGCUUGAGGAGCAGCUUCAAAAUGAAGGUGGAAAUGUUGCCCAAAAAUCAACCACAGUACAGGACUCUGCCAAACUUCAAGAAUUGCAAUCGACUAUACAGUCUUUACAGGAGGAGGCUGAGCUUCAGCGCAAACAGCACAGAGAUCUAUUGGCCAGCUUGGAGGAGGCAGAGCAUCAGAAGACCAAGCUAGAGAGGGAAAAGGAGGAGGCUACAGCAGAAAAUACAGAAUUGUUGCAGAAUUACAGUCGCCUUCAGAAGUCUGUAAACGAACUCCAGGCUCGUGUACAGGAACAGGAGGGGAAGUCUAUGCUGAAAGCCCAGCAUGACAAUGAGAUACAAACCCUGAAAAAAGCUCUGGCAGGUGCAGAGAAAGAGAUGGCUAGAUUGAAGACUCUCAGUGAGAGGAGUCCUACAGAAGAGGUAGAACAUGCUGACAUUCUGGAGCUCAACACCAUCAUUGAUACCCUCAGGAAAGAGAAGGAAGAGGUGGAGAGAGAAAAGCUUGCAUUAGUUGAGAGACUGACUCUGGCCAAGGAGAGACACAAGGGUUUAGAGUCAGAAAGUGCUGUGGAACUGUCACAGGAAGUUUCAGACCUAAAGAGCCAGCUACAUCAACGGGAGCAAGCACUAAAGCAAGCACAUCUUGAUAUAGAAACACUCAGUACUGAACUGGAAGAACUGGACAGGCAGAACCAGAAAGCCACACAGCAUCUUAUUGCAGUAAAGGAACAGCUGUCCUUGCAGAAAACCCAGGCUGAUGCAGAAAAAGCCCAUCUUCAGUCAGAUCUCAACUCCUCUCUUGACCAGAGACGGACUCUUCAACUGGAACAGGAAGCUCAGGGGGAGAAGCUAAGUCAAAGUGCCUUCUCCUUGAAUGAACUGCACAUGGCAAAGCAGCAACUGGAAACCAUGGUAAAGGAGUUGAGGGAAAAGUUGUGCAAGUCACAGGAUCUGGGCAAAGAGCUGCGGCAGGAGUCCUCUGAACUCAAGAGGGCGCUUCAGGAGAGAGAAUCAGAACUUACUGCACUUUGUGAGAAGUUAACUCAUUCUGGGGAGCAAGGGAAUGAGUUAGAGGAACACAGGAAGGUACUUGAGACAAGGGAUAAAGAGAUCCAGGACUUGAGAACAGAGUUAGCAGAAGUAAAGGCCUCCUACGAGAGGGCCAUUUCAGAGGACUUUGAAUUGAAAAUUGAAAAUAGGAAGUUAAAAGAAGAGUGCACUCAGGCUUUGGAGAAGAUUGACAGUUUGGAAAGGCAGAUCCAAGAUGGUCAAGCCUCUCUAAGCAGGAUGUCCCUGGAGAAAGAUACCCGCAUUGAAGCCUUGAAAUUAGAGAAGAGCCAGUUAGAAUCUGAGCUAAGUAGGACUGAGAAGCAACUAUCAGAUCAGGCCAAACAGUAUCAACAAACCAUCGACGAACUGACCAGAGCACGCUCUAUGGGUGCUUCUGCACUGCAGACAGAACACGAGCGAAUGGUGAAACUGAAUCAGGAAAAAGAUUUCUCAAUUGCAGAGCUCAGGCGUGAGAUGGAGCAGAUGGUCUCUGACCACAAAGACACCAGUGAGAUGCUGGACAUCACUGUGGCAGGCCAAAAUCAACUCACAGAGCUUCUGCAGGAAAAGGACGCAUUUGCCGAAACCCUAAAAGCUCAAGCUGCAGAAACACAACAGGAAUUAGAGCGCACGUUCUUGGGAGCAACUCAAGAAUGUGACUCUCUGAGAAGGUCAGUGGAGGAGAAGGACAAACAACUUGGAGCCAUGAAGGAAGAAAACAGCCAUCUAAAAGAAGAGAUUGACCGUCUGAGGGACCAGCAAAGCAGACCGCAGUUAUUGUCAGAGCCGCGGACACUGGACAUCAUCACAGAGCUUGAGACCGAGGUGACCCAGCUCAAAGCUGCCAGAGAUCAACUCGAAAAAGAGGUCCAAUCUUUGAGGAAGGUAUCAGAGGAGCAGCAGGCCACAGCGCUGCAGUCGCAGCGUUCUCUGCAGGUGCUACAGAGUGAACUAGAGCAAGCACGGACAAGACAUGAGCAAAGCUCACUCAACUACGAAAGACUCAUCAGUGCUAAAGAUGAGGAGAUUGUCCAGCUUCAGUCAGAAGUGGAAGGCCUGAGCACACAAGGACAGAGUCAAAUACAGUCCGUAGAAAUCCUACAGGAAGACAAGACCCAGUCACUGAAUGGCGAAAACGGUAAUGAGAAACAUGACCUUUCAAAGGUUGAGAUUGAGAAACUUGUGAAAGGAAUCAAGGAGAAAGAGACUGAGAUUAACCAGCUAAAUGAGAAGAACCUGUCUCUAACCAAGCAGCUUGACCAACUUGUGGUCUCUCAGAAUGAGCUAGGAAAACUCUCGCAGAUGGUUCUUCAAAAAGAUCUAGAAAUCCAGGCGCUCCAUGCUCGUGUGGCUGGUGGCCAUGGUCAAGAUGUGGUGUUCCUGCAGCAGCAGUUGCAGGCGUAUGCGGUGGAACGUGAACAGGUGUUGGCCGUGCUCAAUGAGAAAACGAGAGAAAACAGCCAGCUGCGCUUAGACUACCAUCGCAUUAUGGACAUUGUUGCAGCCAAGGAAGCCGCCUUGUUGAAGCUUCAGCAAGAAAACCAGCGGCUCUCCACUAUGAGCGACCCUUCAGGCAGUCAAGAGAUGUUUCGAGAGACCAUUCAGAACCUUUCCCGCAUCAUUCGUGAGAAGGAUAUUGAGAUUGACGCCUUGACUCAGAAAUGUCAGACCCUGGUCUCUGUCCUCCAGGCAUCUGGUGGCAGCGAUUCUGUUAGUGGUGGCUCAGGGGGAGUUAGCAGCAACCAGUUUGAGGAGCUCCUACAAGAACGUGACAGUCUCAAACAGCAAGUGAAGAAGAUGGAGGAGUGGAAGCAGCAGGUGAUCACGACUGUGAGGAACAUGCAGCAUGAAUCUGCUCAGCUACAAGAGGAGCUGCUCAAGCUGCAGGGGCAGGUUUCUGCAGAUAGUGACUGCAGCUCAAAGCUCUCGGUGGAUUACACCAGACUUAUUCAGAGCUAUGAGCAGAAAGAGAAAAGGCUGGGAUUUUUGAGUCAAGAGCUGGCACAGGUGCAGCAGACCAUCAGCCAGCUGAGCAGUACCAAAGAUGUCCUGCUUGGGAAGCUUGGCAGUGUCAAGCACUCUCCAGAAGCUUCUGCUACCCAGGCUUUUGCCCCUCCAAACCUGAAGGAGGCAGCACGACCUGGCCAAGAUGAGAGCCUACAUCAAGAGUUGCAGUCAAUGCAGAGAAUUUUAGCAGAGAAGGAGAGCAUGAUAAGAAUUCUGCAGGAAAACAAUCAUCGCUUGUCAAAUUCUGCAUCUCUGUCUGAAAGUGAGCAGAGAAGCCAUGCAGAGGAGCUCAAGCAGGCCAGAGAGAAGCAAGAAUCGCUACAGCGCUCCCUCAGAGAGAAAGAUCUGCUCAUUAAGACCAAGGGAGACCAACUCAGUCAGGUGAGUGAAAAUUUACGCAAUCGCGAAAAUGACAAUGAGGUCUUGAAGCAGGCUGUGACAAACCUGAAGGAGCGUGCCCUGAUCCUGGAACUCGAUGUGAAGAAGCUAAAAGAGGAGAAUGAAGCGAUAGCAGCAAAAGCUCGCGAGAAAGAGACAGAGUUCCGUGCACUUCAGGAGACCAACAUGCAGGUGUCACUGCUGCUUCGGGAACGAGAGUUUCAGUUCAGUGCUGUGAAUGAGAAGGCUACUGCCAUUGAGAAGAUGCUAAAAGAUAAAGAGCAGGUUUGUCUUCAGCAGGCUAGCCUUCAGGUCGAGUCUCUUCAGGAGCAGCUGAAUGGUGCCAUCAGACAGAGAGAUGAAGCGCUUAUUCAGCUCCGUGCUGCUCAGGAUCAGGUCAACCAGUAUGCAGUGUCACUCUCUAACCUGCAGAUGGUGCUAGAACAGUUUCAACAAGAAGAAAAGGCCAUGUACUCAGCAGAACUGGAAAAACACAAGAGAGAGAAAGAAGAGUGGAGAACUAAAGCAGAAAAUCUUCAUGAUCAGGCAGCUGCUCUGCAAAUAAACCUGGAUGAAGCAAACGCAGCUCUAGAAUCUGCCUCCCGCCUCACUGACCAGCUGGACCUCAAAGAGGAACAGAUAGAAGAUCUGAAGAAACAAGUGGAUGUGAGACAGGAGAUGUUGGAAGAGGCUCAGAGAAAACUGAUGAACCUCCUGAACAGCACCGAAGGCAAAGUGGACAAGGUUCUGAUGAAGAAUCUUUACCUGGGCUAUUUUCAUACCCCCCGAAACAAGCGUUCUGAGGUGAUGAGGCUUAUGGGUAAUGUGCUUGGGUUGGACCGAGAUGAGGUGGCCGAGUUGUUACAGGAAGAGGGCAAGAGUGGGAUGACGGGAUGGGUCUCGGGUUGGCUGGGAGGCAGAGCUGUUCAGAGUAUACCCAACACUCCCCAAAGGCCUACACAGAACCUCAAUUCGUCCUUCUCUGAGAUGUUUGUGAAGUUCCUGGAGGUGGAGUCUACUCCUGCACUUCCUGCCCCUAAAUUGCCCGUUUAUGAUAUCAAGCUUCUGAGUGCGCCCCCACCUGGCCGGAGUACAGCAAGCACACCUGCAUCAGGUGUUUUAGGCCCAGGUAAGCGCACUGGGGAUUCAAACCCCUUCCUGGCACCCCGGUCUGCAGCCGUACCCCUCCUCAAUCCCGCAGGUGCAGGCAGCACUGCAGGUUCUGGGGGCCACCUGCUUAUGAAGCCCAUCUCAGACGCCCUGCCCACCUUUACACCUGUACCUGUGUCGGCUGAGGCCAGCGGUGGAGCUGUGCUGAAAGAUUUGCUCAAGCAGUGACAUCAGCCACCUGUACUGCUACUCAAAGCACUUUAGCUUAUCAGGACUCUACGUUCCAGCAGAUGGAAACAGAAAACCGGGCCAUGUCAUGAAUUCAAAUAUUUACUAAAACGGCUGAUUGCCAUUGGAAUAAAAAAAAGAUAAAAGCAUCUAAGGGCUGCCUGUGCUUGUUAAAUUUGACUAAACUGAGGCCUAAAUUUGACAGAAUCGAAUUCUGUUUGCAAACUGGGGAAGAUUACAUUAUCGAAUAUUCUUGUGACCUUCUCCCAACAUUCAUUUAAUGUUGUGCAAACAUUCAGCUUGUCAUUUUUAGACAAAGAGAGGUGUUUAAUGUUUUUCUAGUGUGUUGAGAGACUGUCUGAUGCUGUCUGGCAUCCACUGCACAAAAGGAUUUAUUAAGCCUUUUCCACUUCUGCAAAAACGCUACAGAUAGUCUUUCAAAAUCCUCCUGUUUUGAGUGCUAUGAAUGGUUGACCGUAUGGUAUGGCAGGUACAAUAGCAGUUAAUCAAGAAGUGACAUUUGAUCUUGGAUUUAGACUGCAGCUCAUGCUCCCAUGCAAUACAAGUGUGCAGUUAUGUUAUUUAUUUGUACAUCAAUCAUAUUUUU